GGCUGAGGGAUGAUCUUUCAAUUGAAUGAGUAGCGGAAGUGAAUUCAGACGCUGGUGUUGCAUUUUGACAGGAUUGGACGCACAAUUCAGUGGAAAAGAUCAAGCUGCCUACAUAGUGAAAUGGUGGACUCACAGUACUACCUCCCAAAUGAUAUUGGGAUCUCUGCUCUGGACUGUCGGGAGGCUUUCAGGCUGCUUUCACCCAAGGAGCAGUUAUAUGCACACUACCUCUCCCGGGCCUCCUGGUACGGCGGCCUGGUUGUGCUGAUUCAGACGUCUCCCGAGUCUGCCAACAUCUAUGUACUCCUGCAAAAAAUAUUUCGCAAACAGGCACCAGCACAGCUGGAGGCAGUGGCAACCGCAGCUGGACUGAGCGCAGACGACUAUCAGGCCUUUCUCGUAUAUACUGCCGGCCUUUAUGCAAACAUGGGGAACUACAAGUCUUUUGGGGACACCAAAUUUAUUCCCAAUCUACCAAAGGAUAAGUUCAAGGCCCUGGUCUGGGAGAGUCAGGCCUUCAAAGAUAACCCUGAUGAGAUGGAGGCGCUGUGGAACAACUGCUCCCAGGCUCUCUACUCCCUGGAGGACAAGCAGAAACAGCUCGGACUGGGGGAGAAGGGAAUCACAACAUACUUCUCAGGGAAUUGCUGCUUAGAAGACGCAGAGUUUGCGCAGAAAUUUCUGGAUUCUAAGAACCUGAGUGCCUACAACACCCGACUGUUCAAGACUGAAGUAGAUGGGAAACGGAGCUAUGAGGUGCGUUUGGCGUCUGCCGUGAAAAAAGACUGUGCUGUUGAGGGGGAAGGCGAAACAUCUUGUGGCAGAUAUGAGUUUGAGGAUGCUGUGUUCAUUGUUCAGCGGGGCGAUUAUGCCUUUCUUAUGGAGAAAGUGAGCCAGAACUUGGAGAAAGCCAAGGAUUAUGCAGCCAAUGAGAACCAGAGGCGAAUGCUGGAGGAAUAUGUUCGCAGUUUUACCUAUGGCUCACUGGAAGCUCAUAAAGAAGGAUCACGUUAUUGGAUCAAAGACAAAGGACCCAUUGUGGAAAGUUACAUUGGUUUCAUUGAGAGCUACAGAGAUCCGUUUGGCUCAAGGGGUGAAUUUGAAGGUUUUGUUGCAGUUGUAAACAAAGCCAUGAGCGCUCGCUUCUCUCAGUUGGUGAGCUCAGCCGAGGUCUUACUUCCAGAGUUGCCUUGGCCUGCAGCCUUCGAGAAGGAUCGCUUCCUCAAGCCAGACUUCACCUCUCUGGAUGUGCUCACCUUUGCUGGCAGCGGCAUCCCGGCAGGAAUCAACAUUCCAAACUAUGAUGACAUCAGACAGACAGAAGGUUUUAAGAACGUGUCCCUUGGAAACGUGCUGACGGUUGCGUAUGCCACGCAGAAAGACAAGCUCACCUUUCUUGAGGAGAACGAUAAGGACCUGUAUAUCAAAUGGAAAGGGCCUUCUUUUGAGGUGCAGGUGGGACUCCAUGAGCUGCUUGGUCAUGGCAGUGGAAAACUCUUUGUUCAGGAUGAUAAGGGAAAGUUCAACUUUGAGAAAACUGCUGUUCGUAAUCCAGAAACAGGGGAAUUGAUCUCAAGCUGGUACAAGGGAAACGAGACAUGGGACAGCAAGUUCUCCACUAUUGCCUCCUCCUACGAGGAGUGCAGAGCCGAGUGCGUCGGCCUCUACCUGUGUCUCAACAAGCAGGUGCUCAGUAUUUUCGGGCAUGAGGGGGAGGAUGCAGAGGAAGUAGUCUAUGUGAACUGGCUGACUAUGGUGCGUGCCGGUUUGCUGGGGCUUGAGUUUUACACACCUGAGAGCAAGAGCUGGAGACAGGCCCACAUGCAGGCCCGGUUUGUGAUUUUGCGGGUACUGCUGGAGGCCGGAGAGGGCCUGGUUGAUCUGAAGGAGUGCACAGGGGCUGACGGAAAGCCGGAUGCAGUCAUAACCCUGGACCGCAGCAAGAUCCACACGGUGGGCAAGAGCGCCAUCCAGAGGUUUCUUUGUAGACUGCAGGUGCACAAGUCCACGGCUGAUGUUGAGGGAGGAAGGGCUCUGUAUGAAGGGUACUCUGCAGUUACUGCCGAUGGCUCCCAUGACUUCCUGAAGUUCAGAGAGACCGUUCUGCUCCGCAAGGAAGCUCGCAAGAUGUUUGUCCAAGCCAACACUCACAUCAAAGAUGAUGCUGUGGAGCUUGUCGAGUAUGAAGGCAGUGCUGCAGGGCUGAUCCAGUCUUUCGUCGAACGCUUUCCUGACGAUAGCGAGGAGGUUGAGGCCCAGCUGCUGGAAAUGGGCUCUUGUGAUGCCACCUGCUGGUGCUAAGAGGUCCCUGCAUUCUUUGAAAAUCUAAUUGGACAAAUCUAAGACCACGAUGAGCCACAGGAACUUUGAGAAAUGAGCAAAAGGCUGCUAGGUGGAGAAUGAAGUAGUGAUUAUAAAAUGCUCUACAUGUAGGAAGAAGAACAAAAACACAUUUGAACACAUAGACGCACACGUACCGUAUAACACACAGCGCUUUACCUUCCCCGUCACAAUCUCAGCUUCUCUAAUCGGAGCUGCCAUUGUUUCACAUUAAAUAGAGUUUGAUUAGAAGUUUCAGUUCCUGCGUAGGAUCGGACCGCAGCCCACACUUCCCACAUGUGAAAGCGUGUGAAAGUGCUGGCAAGAGUGAACUUGCUACGUGAGGGUGGCAUUUAUGUAAUCCAAACACGAAAAAUACUUUUCAACCUAUUUUAAAAUAGAAACAAACUCUGCACUACUAGAAAUAACACAUUUGUCAGAGCUUAUAAUCCGAUUGACGAUCUGUAGGGGAAACGGUUACAUUUGCACUUAAGAAUAAGGUCUUUAUAAGGAUAAGACUUUUGGUUCCCCAAAAGCGUGUUGUGUCAAAGUGUUCAGUGUUGUUGUGGACGGUGACAACCGUCUACCAAACAGUUGUAACCAAAUAAAAUCAAAGCUUUUUCAAUGUG